AUGGAUCAUGUCGAAGCGAUUGGUGAAUGGUGGUAUCCGGCUUGCCAGCGUUGUGGCAAAAAAGUAAUGAAAGUUGACAACAAGUUCUAUUGUGAUCGUUGCAAGAAAUAUGAUGGGCUGCCCAACAAGAGAUUCAUGUUGAAGGUCAAUGUCAUUGAUGCCAGUAGCAAUGCUACUCUACUGCUGUGGGAUCGUGAAUGCGUUAAGCUUUUGGGUAAAAGAGCUUCUGAAAUUGAUGGUGUUGGUGUUAAGACAGGAGAUUCAUGCAACAUUCCAAAAGAAAUUCAGAGAAGCUUCUUCAGAAGGAUUUGCAUAACACUUGAAAUUAUUGAGAAACAUGCUGCUGAUUUUGUUGAAAGUUUGAAUGAUGUUAAAAGUCAGAAUGAUUAUGCCAAAUCAUUGUCUGACAUUUCAUUUCAGUUGAAGCAGAUUCCUGUUUCUGAAACUAUUGAGGCACAUGGUGGUGAUUUUGAAAAAAUACUGGAGGAGGGGCAUGAUUUAAUUGAGACAGGAAAAAUGAAGAUUGAUAAUUUGUUUGAUCAGAGUGUAAAAGUGAAGAAGGUGAAGUUAAAGGAGGUGAAAGUGGAGAAGGAGUGA